AUGGAAUGUCAGGAGGUCAGAGAGCAGCACCAUGAUCAGGAGCAGCACCAUGAUCAGGAGCAGCAGGAGCAAGGGCAGAGUGGAUGGCACCGGGUUUCAUUAACCUUGACCGCCCAAGAAAAAAACCUCAUUGCGCAGUUUCUUCUACAGCAAAGUAAGGCUGGAGUGCUGCCAAGAGGUUCAUUUACAGAGGCAGCCAAGAGAUUUGGCAUCCAUAAAAGGACAGCAUUAAGAAUUUGGAAGGUCAGCAAGCAGCAAAUGGACAGAGGGGAACCUGUUAUAAUGAGGAGCAGAGCAUCAGGUUAUCAACACAAAGAUAAACUUAUGCUAGAUGAAGAAAAGUUUAGAAACCUGUCUAUGCUUGAGAGAUCAACCAUAAGGAAAGUUGCUUCUAAGAUGGAAGUAAGCAAGUCAACAAUUGGUAGAUUCAUUAAGAGUAGACAGUUAAAACCGCAUACAAGUGCUAUCAAGCCUACAUUGACUGAAGCCAACAAACUUGCAAGGAUGAAAUGGUGUCUUUCUCAUAUUCAGCCAACAUUAGAAGAAGGUAAACUUCUUUACCAUUCAAUGCACAACAUAAUUCAUAUUGAUGAGAAAUGGUUCUACAUGACAAAGACAUCAGAUCGAUAUUACCUUUUGCCGGAUGAGGAUGUGCCAUAUAGGUCCUGUAAGUCCAAGAGAUUCAUCACUAAAGUGAUGUUCAUGGCUGCUGUCAGUAGGCCACUGUUUGGUAGUGAUGGGGAAACCAUUUUUGAUGGUAAAAUAGGCCUAUUCCCGUUCACAGAGGAAGUACCAGCCCAAAGAAGGUCUAAGAACAGGCCAAAGGGGACAAUUGAGACCAAACCUAUUCAAUCCAUCAACAAGGAAGUCGUGACAGCCUGUCUUCUAAACCAGAUUAUACCAACAAUCAAGGCCAAAUGGCCAGCCAAUGCAAGUAAGAAGAUUUUCAUCCAGCAAGAUAAUGCCAAACCUCACCUAAGAGCUGCUGAUCAACAGUUUGAAUCACUUGCUAGUACUGAUGGUUUUGAAUUCCAUCUAAUUAGCCAACCACCCAACUCCCCAGACACAAAUGUGUUAGAUCUAGGGUAUUUUAGGGCAAUACAAUCACUUCAAGAUGACAAAAUUGCCACCAAUGUAGAUGACUUGCUGAGGAAUGUGUUUACCUCAUUUGAAGAGCUCUCACCACAAACACUCAAUAGAGUAUUUAUCACACUACAAAGCUGUCUGACAGCAAUACUACAAGUGCAUGGGAAGAAUGACUACAACAUCCCUCACUUAAACAAGGACAGAUUGCAAAGAACUGGAGGGCUGCCCUUACAACUUCAAGUUGAAGAGGGUUUGGUAAGAGAGAGUUUGGAGUACCUAAAGCUGCCUGAAAACAACACUGGAGACACCUAUGACAUAGGGCAUCUUAACCAUGUUUUAGGGUAUUAG